AUGCCUCCACUUCAUCCUCCCGUCGCCCCCACUUUCCUUUCCCGUCGCCUUCAAUCACACCUGCCCAUCGCCUCCACUCCCCCCUCCCGUCGCCUCCACUUCCCCCUCCCGUCGCCUACACUUCCCCCUCCCGUCGCCUACACUUGCCCCUCCCGUCGCCUACACUUCCCCCUCCCGUCGCCUCCGCUUCCCCCUCCCGUCGCCUCCACUCCCCCCUCCCGUUGCCCCCACUAUCCCUUCCCGUCGCCUCCGCUUCCCCCUCCCGUCGCCUCCACUUCCCCUUCCCGUCGCCUCCACUUCCCCCUCCCGUCGCCUCCACUUCCCCCUCCACUCGCCUCCACUCCCCCCUCCCGUCGCCUCCACUUCCCCCUCCCGUCGCCCCCACUAUCCCUUCCCGUCGCCUCCACUUCCCCCUCCUCUCGCCUCCACUUCCCCCUCCCGUCGCCUCCACUUCCCCCUCCCGUCGCCUCCACUUCCCCCUCCCGUCGCCUCCACUUCCCCCUCCCAUCGCCUCCACUUCCCCCUCCCGUCGCCUCCACUUCCCCCUCCCGUCGCCUCCACUUCCCCCUCCCGUCGCCUCCACUUCCCCCUCCCGUCGCCUCCACUUCCCCUCCCGUCGCCUCCACUUCCCCCUCCCGUCGCCUCCACUUCCCCCUCCCGUCGCCUCCACUUCCCCCUCCCGUCGCCUCCACUUCCCCCUCCCGUCGCCUCCACUUCCCCCUCCCGUCGCCUCCACUUCCCCCUCCUGUAACACCUCGCUACCCACUGGGUCAAAACGAGGGUUGCGUUACACCUCCCGUCGCCUCCACUUCCCCCUCCCGUCGCCUCCACUUCCCCCUCUAG